GGCCAUCUCAGCCCCGACAGCAUUACUUCGUACUUCACAACAUACUUCUCAUUUCAUUGUCAAAGCUCUCUUUCAAGGGACAACGUUGACUCCCUCGCUCGCCACUCACAUCGCAUAGUCCUUUGGCCGUCCACGCGCUGUGUGUUCUGUCGCCAGAUCAGCACACUUGACUGCGCCCUUCAGGCCGGCAAAUGAGCAGAGUCCCUGCAGGAUUAUGUUACCUGACAAUCUACAACCCAACCAUCAAGCCCAGUGAGGCUGCUGCACGACUGGACGAAGAUGCAGAGGAAGAAUCCCAAAUACUCUUCUACUCAUCCAAGGAGCGGGCGGUGUCCCGGGAUAAGAUGCUGAGACAGGUCGGGCUUGCCAAGGCACUGGUCAACUUCUCAGAGAUGUUUGGAUCCUCUGUCCCCUGUUACAAUGUGCAUUCGCAGUCUAGGCGCAUGAUUAUGGUAAAUGUGGAGGGUAGUUUUUGGAUCCAUGCUGCAGUAGACUUAGCCAAGUCCGCUCGGGCGACCAGCCGCACCUCGAACGCAAAGGUGAAGAGCAAGAAGGGGAAGGAGCCGGAGCGAGAUAUUCCAGAUCAGCCUAUUUUUGACUUUCACGAUGGUUCAUUGCACGACCUUGCCCUCCGCGAGCACCUCCUGCGUGGAUACGAACAAUUCAAGAUUACUCAUGGAUCGUUUACCACCGUCCUGUCGACACUUGGUCAGGAGGCCUUAGAGCUCCAGCUGGAACGCUUUUUUACUGUAUGGGCUUGGUCUUGGGACAUCGCCUCCCCCUCGCACCUGAAUAUUGACAUUGGAGUGCCCCUGCAGCCAUUGCACCAUUCCAUACGGUCAGUACUUGAUACCCGACUCUCUGCUAUACCCGAGGGUAUUUCCCUCAUCUAUCUCUGUCCGCCUUAUGUAACAUGCUCGACAAAUUUCGAGGAGCACGGAUAUCCCGCGGGUCUCCUUCGGUAUCUUAUGACUCGCUUUCCACCGAAACCGUCGCAGAAUCAAGGAGCAUCUCGGAGGGCGUCAACGUCCACGCUCAAAUCAGUAGCCACCGACUCAGAAGGACACAAGUCCUUGAAAGAGGCUGCUCCCAGCGGCUUUUUAGGCAUGCCUCCUAUGAACAUGAAUCUCAAGGUGAUGGACCCGCGGCAAUGGACUCUACCAGGAUACCUAUCCUUUGGGAAAGGGUCCAAAUUGACCACACCGGAACCAGAAGUUUCUGACGAGAAGGCGGCUACGCAAUCCAAGGAGGAGGCGUCAGCCCCCAAAUUCAACACGGACGAUAGCAGCUCGGAAGUCGACACGGCGGCCCUUGAAGAUGCCAUCUCGUCCGACCAGGUGUCUAUAUCAAAGAUGUCACGACAUUCUGGUGAAGGUAGGCCAAUGAACGCGAGCGAGUUGACUCAAGAUGCUCUCUACGCUGAACCGGUGAUGCAGCCCGUGGAAGUUGAAGUCGCCUCCUUUGCCGAGCCGCCUCCGACCUUGCCAGCCGUUCCCUUGGCUUCUCCCAUGUUCCCGUCUCUGACGAGCCACGAAGUACCGGAAUGCAUUACUUCAGACCCUUCGCCUGACGCAUUAGGCAACAACGCGAGUGCGACUGAUGAUCCUGUGGAAGUAGACUCCUCAGGGAACAGCACCAACGCCAACGAUGACGGGCUUUCUGAGUUCAGAUCGUUACAGGUUCAUUUAGCUGACAUCCAGGACGAGCUAACUACCACUCAGAGGAAAGUCCUCUAUAUUCAGAAACGCGAUCACAUAGUCGCCUUGAUUGGCCGCCCCGUGGACAACGACGACUAUGACGUUACUUACAUGCGUCAGUUUAUCGGCCGGCUCUUCCGAGAUAUCGAGAGCGCACUUGAUGACGAUAACCAUGGUUUGGAUGCUUCGAUACCCUCCGCGUCGAAAAUCCUUCAGCCCAAGGAUAAACAUUUCUCGAAGACUGGGUUCUAUACCCUGUCAAGCGAGAAAUAUGCAUUUGUCUCGGAACAUCUAUACAAUGCAAAGCAGUACCUCGACAUGGAGCCACAUAUCCUUGAGAUGUUCUCCCGCGGGCAGAAUCCUCAGCAUUGGCACGUCUCGAAGCGAGCUACAGGGAUAGAGGGCCUCAGAGAGUCAGGAGGAGAGGUCUUUCUGGAUAUUUCUCGAAAGGAGGCCAGUCUAGCUGACGUCGACCAUGUGCUGCAGAGAUUACACAGAUUUGAAGCAUAGUCUAUCAGCUCC